AGGUGGUGUGGUGGGAACCGCGGGAGGUGGUUUGCUUUUCGGGGCCGUGGUGAGGGUUCGGCAGGCAGGCAGGUUCCUGGAGUUCUGAUUCGGAGAAUCCGCGGUGGCGGUGAACCUCCGGCGUAGGUUAAGGCUUGCUGGGCCGCACUUUCCUGCGCUCCGAUGGUGUGGGCGACAGGGUCGCUCUCUGAAAUUCACUGGGCUCUGUCCCCGCGCGUCCGAUCCUCGGGGGCACCAAGUGCGUUCGAGGUCUUUGAAGCCAUUGUCUCAUUUGGCUUGUCGUGAAUCCCCUUUGUGAAAGGCGAAGGAACCGAGGCCCAGGGAAAUGGAGGAACUUGCCCGAGGGGCCACAGCUAGUGUGUGUAGAAGCCGAGGUCGGAACCCAGAUCGGGCCCCCAAGCCAGGACCAUCUUUCCCGGCUCUCCUCGAGGUGUACAGCCGCGCACUUGAUAAAACCCUUGGGCUGCGGGUUGGCGCCUCCCUCCCUGCCCAAACUGGGCUCAGAAAACAGCGCUUCCCCUUCAGGACCGAAGAUGAUGCUUUAACCUGACAGAGAAUCAGGAGGUUGUUAGAAUUAUGGCAGGGAUUUGUUACUCUUUAGGACAUUGGUUCCUGCUGGGGAAAGUGUUCCCACGGCCUUAUGCAUUCGGUGCCCAGCCCAGAGUUGGCUGUCCCUGGGUACUUGUUGAAUGAAUGAAGGCUCUGCCACCUUUCUUGUACCUCUUCGGACUGCCCGAAGGAAAGAGGGCCAGUUUGAGAGUCAGACGAUGCCCCACUCACUGGCUGUGUGUCUUUGGGCACAUUUCUUUCCUUCUCUGUGUUUAGUUUCCUCAGUGGUAAAGUACAGGGGACCCUUGAACAAUUCGGGUUUGAACUGUGUCCAUCCACUUUUGUGUUGAUUGUUGAAAAUAAAUACAUUGGAAAAAUUUUAGGAGGUGUGCCGUAAUUCAGAAAACCUGGCAAAUGAACCGCGUAGCCUGGAAAUAGGGAAAAAAUAAAAACGGUAUGUCACUAAUGCCUAAAAUACAGGGAGAUACUAGUUUAUUUUAUUUACUACCAUAGUAUACACAAGUUUGUUCUAGAAAGUUUAUCCGAAUGCGCACAGAACCUUGGAGAACUGUACAUGUACAUAGUUGAGAGAAACAGAAACAUGAAGAUGCAGUGUUAACUCCUAACUGCGUAAAAUUAACCGCAGUGCAUGCUGUACUACUGUAAUCAUUCUGCGGCCACCCCCUGCUGCUGUUUCGGUGAGCUCAGGUUUAGUAUGUGCUUCGCGUGGCGUGUGCUGCCCUCAUCUCCGUGUUAGCACUUCGUGGCUAGUAAAUCUCAAAUGGCAGUACAAAGUGGUCCCCUGGUUCUCGCGUAUUUUUCGUCGUGUUUGGUGCCAUGUCGUAAACCUUGAAUAACACCAGGGAACCCACACGAAAUGCCACUAGUGGUUCUGGAAAUGCUCCCAAGAAGCAGAGGAAAAUCAUGACAUGGCAAGAAAAGGUUGAAUUGCUCGAUACGUACUGUAGAUUAAAGUCGGCAGCCGCGGUUGCCUGUCAUUUCAAGAUGAAAUGAGUCCAGCGUGAGGACCAUUGUUAAAAAAGAAAAGGAAAUCCACUAAGCCGUUGCAGCAGCUGCACCAGCAGGGGCAAAGACUUUGCACUUUUUGCUAAAUACUUUUUUAUCUCGUAUUGAAAAUGCAGCUUUUAUGUGGGUGCAGGAUUGCUAUGAGAAAGGCAUCCCUAUAGGUUCUAAUACGAUCCGAGAAAAAGCAAAGUCGUUACACGACAACCUGAAGCAAAAGGAAGACGAAGGAACUAAAGCUGGAGAAUUUAAUGCCAGCAAAGGAUAGUUUGAUAAUUUUAGAAAGAGGUUUGGCUUAAAAAAUGUCAAGAUGGCAGGAGAAGGAGCUUCUGCCGACCCAGAGGUCAUUGAUAAGUUCCCACGUCAAGAGCUCCUAGACUGCGCCAGAGGAGUUGACCAAAGGCGCCUCUGUGGGGAUGAGAGCUUCUGGACCAGUGCCACAUAAGGAAGACGUAGAAGAAGCAGGGCCAGAAAACAAGUUGACGUUAGACAGCCUGGCAGAAGGUUUUCGAUUAUUCAAGACGGGCUUUGACUUCUUUUACGACAUGGACCCUUUGUGAUUCGGGCACUGAGACUCAAGCAGGUGAUGGAAGAGGGCUUGGUGCCAGACAGAAAUAUCUUUAGAGAAAUGAAAGAGUGAAAAAGUCAGACAGAAAUUACGAUGUAUUUCCCUAAAGUUAGGCCAAGUGUGCCUGCCUCGCCUGCAUGCCCUUCCGCCGCCUCCACCUGUCCCCCCCCCCACCCCCGCACCCCUGAGACCGCCAGACCAGCCCCGGGGCCUCCUCGUCCUCAGCCUACUCAGCAGGAAGGUGACAAGGAUGAAGAUCUUCCCGCCGACCCGCUUCCGUGUAAUAAAUAGUGAAGAGUCAUUGUGGUGUACGGUUAAACUUCCCUGUUGUGUGUGUGAGCGAGUGUCUUCAUGUGGAAAUCCUGUAACUGUACAGCAAGAACUGUAGGGGACGCUUUGUGCCAUCAUCCUCUGCCUGGGCGUUCACCCUGUAGAACAUGUGCAGGAGGCCUUUGGAAGUGAGUAGCCUGUCCUUAGAGGCUGUCAGCCUUUUUUGUAGAUACAUAGAUACUAUCUACUGUGUUUUGUGUCCUCCAAGACAGUGUUGAUGAGGCUACUGACAGUUCAUUUUGGAAACAAGGCCGCCCUCCUCCGAGCCGUGCCACGGUUGGCAGGCGCAGCUGCCUGGAGAAGGCCUGCAUGUGGGCUGUGGUGCCGCACCGGGCAGGAUCCUGGGAGGUGGAUGGGGAGCGGGACCCCCACCCCGAAGGAGAAGCCUGCAGGCAUGGACGCAGAGCAGUUCCAGAUGGUCUACCGGUUCGAUGCUAUCCGAGUCUUCAAGUACCUGUCCCGGCUGAAGGUGACGCAGACGGCGCUGACGCUGCUGGCCCUGCCGCCUGGCUUCUAUGGGUACUCGCACGGCCUCGUGACUCUCGGCAACUUGUGCCUGGCGGGUGGGGUAGCCGGCUUCGCCCUGGCCAUGCUUUUCUGGAUGAGCCACUUCUUCCGGAGGCUGGUGGGCAUCCUGUAUGUGAACGAGGCGGGCACUGUGCUGCGCGUAGCCCACCUGACCUUCUGGGGCCGGCGGCAGGACACGGACUGGCCUGUGGCCGAUGUGAUCCCCCUGACGGAGAGCGAGGACCGGCCCCAGGAGCUGUUCGUGCGCAUCCAGCAAUACGGCGGGAAGCAGACCUUCUACCUCAGCCUGCGCUACGGACGCGUCCUGGACAGAGAGCGUUUCAUGCAGGUGUUUGGGAUGCUGGACACCCUCAAGUGAGCUGGGAGCCGGGCCUCCGGGUGGCCCUGGGCCGCCCGGAUCUCCAGCAGGAAGGCCGAGGGUGUGGGUGAGGCCACAGAGCGGAAUCAGGCCGCUGGAGACCUUGCCAGGGUCUCCAAACCCUUGUCUUUUGGGAUGAGGAAAUGAUGAGGCAGUAGCUAGUGACUGGGUUUAGGAAAGAGGUCCUUAGUACAAAUUCUUACUGUAUUUGUAUGCGACAUUCAGCCAGAUGAUGGCCAGAAGUUUCUGUUAACUGCCAGUUCUUGGAUGAAGCUACGUCGAGUUCACUCAAGUGAUGCCGUGCUGAGAAAUCGGAAGGUGGGGAGGUGCGCGGUGGGGAGCCCAGGAUUCGGAGUGAGAAUGCUCAGGUGUUGUCCGUUCUCAACUCCCGGUCCUACGGCAGGUUAUCAAGUCUCGCUGAACCUUGGUUGUCACAUCCGUGAAAGGGAAAAUCCUGCUUGUCACAUGGGACGGGUAUGAGACUAAAGAGUAAAUGUCCAGGUCACUGCAGAGGUCAGGGUGUGCUGUGAGGCUUCCAGGCAGUCAGGAGGGAUGUCCUGAGCCCUGUGCCUGGCCCCCUCAGGGGCUUACCCCGAGAAAGGACUGGGAAGAAGCCUAGAUAGAGGGGGGUCAUUUGACCCCGCCGGGAUGGUGACCGCACAGUGACCAGGACAGGUGUCGGCCCGGUGAGCACAGCACUCCUGCUGAGAUUGUGUUUGCCACCAAGACGUCUGCGGGUCCUCCUGUGGGAAUGCCCUGCGAUGUGAUAAAGUGAGAUGAACUGUAUUCUGGUACCUUAUUUUAUAAACCGAAGCUGAUUAAAUGCACUGCCCUUCCCUGCAGUCAGUGCUACAUGUCUGUUACACAGUCGGUAACAGUACAGAGGAGGGAAGGCGUGAUCUCUCUUAUUCUGCCUCUCAGAAGUCAGUAACUGCAUGUUUCGAUGUGCGGACUUCUAGCCUUUUUUAUUGUAAAAUAUACAGUAUGUAAAUUUAUCCUUUUACCAUUUUCUAGUGAACAGUUUAGUGAUACUAACCAUGUCUACAGCGUUGUACAACCACCGCCUCUGUCCAUUCCAGAACUUUUUUGUCAUCCCAGGGAGAAACUCUAUUCCCAUUAAACAUGACUCCCCAUUCCCCCUC